AUGCAGUUCAAGGAUUCCAUUCUUUUGUUGACGGCCCUGUCUCUGGGUGCCGUCGCUCGCCCCCACGGCCAUGAGCGUCGCCAUGCGCACCCCCAGAUCAACGAGAUCGCCGACAAGGUAGUUGAGGAGGCGCCGGCCGUCACUGCUCCUGCCCAGGUUGCUGAGAAGGUCGUCGAUGGCUUGAACCAGCGUGAUGUGGGCGACGAGGUAUAUGCCACCAUCAACGGUGUUCUUGUGUCCUGGAUCAACGAGUGGGCUGGUGGUGUUGACUCUACCACUUCCACCACUUCCACCUCCUCAUCCUCCACUUCCAUCUAUGUUCCCCCAACCACCACCACCGCUGAGCCUACCACCUCCACCUCCGCCCCAGCUGUGGAGUCCAGCGUCAGCGCUACCCCAGCUUCCUCCAGCGGCGGCUCCUGGACCUCUUACCCCUCCGACGGUGACUUCUCCACUAGCGGAUUCGGUGCCACCAACUACAUCGCUGAGGCUCUCGGUAUCGAAUGGUCCGGCAACACUGGUCUCCCAUGGGGUUCCAACAUCCAGCAGGUCUCCGAGUCCGACGCCAGCCAGUACCGCAACGUUAUCCGUUUCGAGGGUAGCAACACCGAUGACUGGACCGUUAUCUUCUGGAACAAGAUGGGCCCCAACAAGCAGAUGACCGGUUUCUUCAGCCCCAACAAGGCCCUCUCUUUCACUCUUGCCCCCAACGAGGUCGCCUAUGUCGCCAUCGACGAUGAGUCAACUGGUGGUUGGACCGCUUACCAGGGUGAUGACUGCCCUCUCUCUGAAUACGGCAGCUACGCCGCCACCUGGGGUGAAUUCACCAUGCGCAAGGCCCCCAACUUCAGCUCCUGGGAUGUCUCCUGUAUCCAGGCCCAGAACGCCGAGAAGGAUAUCCAGGGUAUGUCCAUCUGCACUCACGAUGGCAGCCAGUGCUCUUCCAUCACCAAGAACAUGGGCAAGGUCACCAACGCGUACACCUCCGCUGAGACCGACAUCAACGGUAUCGGUGGUAAUCUCAAGGACGAGGCUGUCCGUCUGGUUGUCAACCUUGACUACGCCUAA